GCUCCUUCAGAGGAAACACCUGAAGUCGGAUAAACACUUGAAUAUCCUUGCAGUUCCUCAGCGCCGAUGAGGACGGACGCCUUCACGCUCCUCCUCCUUCUGGGCCUGGCGCUCCUGAGGCCGACGGAGGGGAAGGGCCUCGCGGGGGCCGUCCGGGAGGCGGCGGGGAGGACCAUCUUGUCGCAGGACGAAGCAGACAGUCUCCACGUGGUCAUCGCUCAGUUCUUCACCGGGGGCAGCCUGCUCACCGCCAUCUUCAUCGUCUUCAUGAGCAUGUUCAAGCCGUUCUACACCCUGUUCACUUCGAUCCCGAAACCAGGUGUCGUUCGCCAGCGUAGCGCCUUCGUCGGGAAUGCGCUGAGCGGUAUUGACCUGAUGGAUAUUGCCUUCGACAUGAUGGAUUUGGAGGACGUCGAGUGCAGGGAGCGUGCCGUGUGCGAGUUCCAGAAGACGGCUUCAGGGAUUCCAAUUUUAGGGGGAAUGGUGGAAAGCGCCAGUUCCUUGAUCACUGGCUUCGAGAAGUACAGAGAGGCCCAGGCAUCCGGAGCCGCUUUGGGAGACUGCAACGCCCUCUAUAAGUGUUUUCACUCCUCCAAGGGCUCUUCAGCAAGGAAGAGAAGGGAUGUUUUUCCUCCUUGGAUGAAAUUGUCCUGAAACAGCGGCGGAUCGUGGAAUUAUAUGUUAGUGGGUGACGUGUCAUCAGAUGAUGAGGCUGAAUUGAAUACAUGUCUUUUUUAUUGCAAAUGAAU